AUGCACACGCAUGCGAACUCGAACGAAUACCCACAGCCAGAGACCAGUAAACGCAAAGCGUCCAUGUCGGCUGGCUUUGAGGUGCACAACCGCAACAUUGGCUCAAACGGCAGCGAGGUCAACGGACACGGUGACCGCGCCGAUGAGCCAGGCCUCGCUUCGUUGCUAAUGGCAGGGGUCGGUGGAAGCUCGACGACGGCAGCGGAUGUGACCAAUACAACGGCCACGACGUCCCUCUUGCCCCCUGGCGCCACCAGUGGAGUGGUGGCGAGCUCGCACGUCUCCCCCACCCUGAGCUCCCGAGAGAGGGUUUGCUUCCAGAGCUUUCUAUCCACGGCGGCUGCGGCGGUGCUCACAGGAAUUCUCCUGACGACGUAUAUAUGGCGGUCCACCUCCGCGUCCAACAUCGACCCGGCCACCGGCACGGUACGCUUACAUUCAUUCCAGUACUUUGUCUAUUGUUUUCUGGGCGGCAUGACGGUGGGGAUGGUCCACCUCGUCGUUGCCCCUAUCGACAUCCUCAAGUGUCGCGUGCAGGUGGGCGAGUACCGCAGCUUUAUGGAUGGGUUUACUCAUCUCUAUUGCGUUGAGGCUGGAGGCUCCAUCCUCCGCGCACUGCCGCUGUUGUUCCGCGGGUGGCUGCCAAUGCUGUGGGGAUACGGCAUUCAAGGCUCCGUCAAGUUCUCUCUCUACGAAUUUUUGAAGUACAAGCUGCUGAUCUCCUCUGUGCAGGCGCCAGGUGCCGCCGCGGAAGGGGUAGCCAGCUCGCCCGCGCUGUCGUCAGCGGCUCACUCCUCCAGUCUCUACCAGUUCUUCAUUUUUCUCUUCUCGAGCUGCCUGGCCGAGGUUGUUGCCGAUCUCGGCUUGGCACCAUGGGAGGCGGUAAAAAUUCGCAUGCAGACUUCGCCCUCCUUUCCGAGGCACCUCCGUACUGCCCUGCCACGCAUGUGGGACAGAGAGGGGCUGCACGGCUUCUACAAGGGACUGGUGCCGCUCUGGUGCCGGCAGGUGCCAUAUACUAUGAUAAAGUUCUCCUCCUUUGAAUUUAUCGUCGCUUGGCUGCAGUCCCUCUUCAAUCGCCUUGGCAUCAUGGACGCUGCGGCGCCUGGCGUCACGGAGAAACUGGUCGUAAGUUUGCUCGCUGGCGUGCUGGCAGGGCUGCUCUGCGGCGUCGUGUCACACCCGGCGGACACGGUGCUGUCGAGAAUGAACCAGAGGGCGUCUGCAUUAACAUUGAAUCCGACGCCGCUGGUGGCCAAUCCAAUCGCGGACGCGCCGUGCAGCAGCAUCGGUCAAGCCAGAGCACCGUGCACCGCAUUCCGCAGCGCGGUGCACGGUGCUCUUGAGUUGAUGCGUACGGUGGGGUGGCGCGGGAUGUGGAAGGGUUUGGCACCCCGUCUGCUGAUGGUGGUUUCGCUGACGGCACUGCAGUGGGUGACGUAUGACGGUUUCAAGGUGUGGGCUGGACUGCCCACGUCUGGAGACGUGAAGGAGUAA